GGCACCGAGUCAUCUGGCACGACAGCGGGCACCGAGUCACCAGGAACGACAGCGGGCUCCGAGUCAACUGGCAUGACAGCGGGCACCGGGUCAUCAGGCAUUGGAUCAUCUGGCUCGACAGCGGGCACCGGGUCAUCUGGCUCGACAGCGGGCAUCGGGUCCCCAGGCACGACAGCGGGCACCGGGUCAUCAGGCAUCGGGUCAUCAGGCAUCAGGCUCGACAGCAGGCAUCGGGUCAUCAGGCAUCAGGUCAUCUGGCUCGACAGCAGGCAUCGGGUCAUCAGGCAUCAGGUCAUCUGGCUCAACAGCGGGCAUUGGGUCAUCUGGCAUCAGGUCAUCUGGCUUGACAGCGGGUACCGGGUCAUCUGGUUCGACAAAGGGCACCGGGUCAUCAGGCAUUAGAUUGUCUGGCUCGACAGCAGGCAUCGGGUCAUCAGACAUCGGAUCGUCUGGCUUGACAGUGGGCAACAGGUCAUCUGGCAGGACAGCGGGCAACAGGUCAUCAGGCAUCAGAUUGUCUGGCACAACAGCGGGCACCAGGUCAUCUGGCAGGAUAGCGGGCACCAAGUCAUCUGGCAUCAGGUCCUCUGGCUCGACAGCGGGCACCGAGUCAUCUGGCACUGGGUCAUCAGGCA